UGGCUUUACACUUUACGUCUUACUAGGCCUAGGCAUAGAGCCUUUCAUUCGGCAGCAGGCCGUCACACUCUUUUUAUCUUGGAUUACAAGGGUGGUUCUGAAAACAGAGCAAAAGUGCGAUAUAAAAUUACAGAAAGUUUUUCUCUCCAUUUAUUUAUUAAAUAAUUAGAGUAUACCCCAAAGAGGUUAUAAAUGUAAAUAUAAUGUCCUUGAUAUACCCCAACGUAUUUACAAUGGCAUUUUCAUUAACUUUAUUUUUCAAUUGCCUCGUAGACUUAAAUUAUGCCAAACUGGCAAACUUCAGUGACAUAAUGACCUAAAUUUAGCUAUUUCUUCACAAAACAUCCGGUUGCCUCAGUCAACAAUCAAAACAUCAAAUUUUGUAGACGGUUUUACUGUUAAAAUUUUACCUUUAAGUCUCAGAUAAUUCGAUGAUGGGUCUUACUGAGAAUACAGCAGAUGAACCCUCAACAUCGAGACUUACGUUCAAGGAAAGGAGAACUUUUUCUGAGAGGAGAAAAGAUGUAGAAGCUGUCAGAAGCGUACAUACAAACAAGAUUCCAGUGAUCAUAGAACGCUAUGGCAAUGAAAAAUCUCUCCCGAUGAUGGACAAGAGCAAAUUUCUGAUUCCUGAUAAUCUCAACAUGAGUGACAUUGUGAAAAUCAUUCGUCGCCGACUGCAGCUGUCACCGACCCAGGCCUUCUAUCUCCUGGUGAACGACCGCAGCAUGGUGAGCAACACGGCGUCUGUGGUGGAGGUGUACGAGAGAGAGAAGGACGAGGACGGCUUCUUGUACAUCGUGUACGCUUCCCAGGAGACAUUUGGUGGCGGGAACAGCACCAUGUAACUGGAGCUGAGCCUGCCUGCAGCAGAUUACACUAAAUGCCUUUCAUUUUCCCUCCCCCCACCCCCCCCCCCCCCCCGUCACCUCACCCACCCCUCCCUCGUCAAAAGUAAUUUGGUGGUUGUCUUCUAAUUCAAAUCAGAGUAGAAUGGAUGUAUGUGUACUUUGCUUGCCUUAUUUGGGUUUUUAAGUUUUUAAUCGAUCAGUGUCAAAUGAUGAUUCUGGCUGGGUUUUUUGUGGGAUUUUUUUCUACAAUGAUGCUUAUUAUCUGAGGUUAAGCACUGACUUACAGUUUUGUAUGCGAUAUGCUGACUUUUGUUGAUCCUAGAGAGGGCAUAGACUCCUUUUGUUUCUCCUUUCACUUUUGCUGUCUUGACCUUUCUGCUACUAAUGUCUUUCCGUCUGCCUUGAAGCAGAGAUUUUCCCCUUUCCUCCUGCAAACUCAGGUGUUUGUUCCUAAAGAUUGGUCAUGUUCAGUAACUUGAUACGGUUAAACCCAAGUUUUUAAUGGAACGGGAAGAGACGGGAUUUUGAAAAGGAAAAAAAGAUAAGCUACUGAAUGAAAUUGACUUUGCUAAAAAAUGUGCCUGGUAUAGUUCCCCUCGGGCUGAAGAUAUAUUCCAUGAAAUGUGAUUUAAGUGGAGAAAGUAAUACUUGUGAAAUUUGUCCUAUUUUUUUAAGCAAGCUUGAAGAAUUGUGCCCCCGCUUGAAAUUUACGCCAAAUGAUUUUCAUUUUUUUUUUUUAAACAAAAAAACUUUAAAAAUUUACAUGGAAUUUAAAAAAACCUCGAGUCAGAUAAAUCUUUAUUGUCCCGAUACUGGCUCACUGUAAUUUGUUUUUGACAUUUCACCACACUCACACACGCAGAUACACAUGCGUGGGCACACGCACAGUCACCCACACUCACAAACUCUAUCAACUCCUCCUUUCCGCAUGCGUCUGAAAUGUCUUAUAGAAAAGUAAAUUAGAGGAGUAUUAUGGCCCUCUUCGCACAUGAAAAUUUUCCUCUGAAAAAUGAAAAACAGUCUACCAGACAUUGUCUUACGAUAAAAACAAGCGCUUGUGAUGAGUGCUUUGUUUCUUUUAGGGGGGGGGGGAGCUUUUCUCCUUUUUUCUUUUUUUAUGACUUUUUUGUGCCACUGACAGGCUGCAAAUGAGUGGUUGACGGGUGUUCUGGUGUGAUUUGCUCCUUGUUUCCUUUCGUACAUUCGUCUUCCUUAUCUCCUUUACUUUGUACAUUACUUUUUAAUUCUAAUAACAGCUCUAAUCUUUGGCACUUAUAUGACCCAUUUGUGUUGCAAGUGCUGUAAAGCUUUUACUAAAACUUUUAUUUUAAGGAAAAAAAACCAAAAAA